AUGGAGUCCUCUCUUAAUUUCAACUUACUUACAUUGCUUCUCUUCUUAUCAUCCCUCUUUAUUAUUCUAUUCACCAGGCAAUGGAAACAUCAAAAACAAAUCACCAGAUUCCCUCCUCCAGGUCCAUGGAAACUUCCCUUUAUUGGAAGUCUUCAUCACUUAAUCGGAGGAGGACUUCCACAUCGCGUCCUUAGAAAUUUAUCGCAAAGAUAUGGACCUAUUAUGUACUUGCAACUCGGGCAAGUUCCUACCGUGGUCAUAUCAUCACCUACUAUUGCGAAACAAGUUUUAAAAACUCAUGAUCUCGCCUUUGUUGAUAGGCCACAACUUACAUCACUAAGCAUCAUAUUUUACAAUUUUAAAGACAUUGCAUUUAGUCAAUAUGGUGACUACUGGAGACAAAUGCGUAAAAUUUGUAUGAUUGAACUUCUCAGUACAAAGAUGGUCAAGACAUUUGGUGCAAUUAGGCAGGAUGAGAUUUCAAGUCUCGUUUCAUCAAUUCGUUCCAUGAGGGGUUCUACAAUCAACAUGACGGAAAAGAUUUUUCUGUUUUCCAACUCUAUCAUUUGUAGAUCAGCCUUUGGAAAAAUAUGCAAAGAUCGAGACGAGUUCAUAACAAUUUUGAAGGAAAUACUAUUACUGACUGGAGGAUUUGAUGUGGCUGAUCUGUUCCCUUCGUGGAAGUUACUUCACAAGAUAACCGGUACGAAAUCUAGAUUGAUUAGUGCCCAUAAGAAGGUCGAUAUAGUUAUGGAGGAGAUCCUGAAUGAGCAUAUCGAAAAUAAGGCAGCUGGGAAGAAGGGAAACGGUGAAUUUGGAGACGAAGAUUUGGUUGAUGUUUUCCUAAGGGUGAAAGAGAACGCGGAACUUCAAUUUCCAAUCACAAAUGACCAUAUUAAAGCUGUGAUUUUUGACAUCUUUCUGGCUGGAACUGAAACAUCAAAUACAGUUCUUAUUUGGGCAUUUGCAGAAUUAAUGAAGAACCCACAUAUCAUGGCGAAGGCCCAAAGUGAAGUGAGACGAGUCUUUAAGGGAAAGAAAAAACACGAUGAAGAAGAUUUUGAAGAGUUGACAUACCUUAAGUUAGUGGUUAAGGAAGCAUUAAGGCUACAUCUUCCGGCUCCUUUAAUAACGCCUAGGGAAUGUAGGGAGCAAACAGAUAUAAACGGAUAUAUCAUACCUAUUAAGACAAGGGUACUAGUCAAUGCAUGGGCACUCGCGAGAGAUCCUGAAAGUUGGGAUGACCCUGAAAGUUUUAUACCAGAGAGAUUUGAGAACUCGUCUAUUGACUUCAAAGGAAAUCACUUUGAGUUUAUUCCGUUUGGUGCAGGAAGAAGGAUGUGUCCGGGAAUGUUAUUUGGUUUAGCGAAUGUUACACAUCCUCUGGCUCAGUUACUUCUCCACUUCAAAUGGGAUCUCCCUAAUGGAACUAAUCCGAAACAUUUGGAUAUGACUGAAACAGGCGGAAUAGCAGCAACGAAAAUGAAAAAUCUAUUGUUAGUUGCGACGUGUCAUAGGAAUGAAGAAGAAUUUUGA